GUGACAUAAGCACACCUGUCCAUGUCUCCAGAGUUUAGAAAAUUGGAGUUAACUAAAGAAUGGCAAAAUGUCAGUUUAUAAAAUUAAAAUCGUGAUUCACAUUCUUAUUAUUAUUCAAUUUAUUUUAUUGUCAUGCAACCCACACCCGAAUUUAUUAUUAUUCACGCAUCCUCUAAAUUAAUCAGCUUCUAAUUUCAUAAAAAAAAAAAAAAAAAACCACCUGUUGAGUCUGAUGGCCGACGAUGCCGAAACCCCGAUGCUUGUCAAUUCCGUCAACGGUGUCGUUGACUACGAAGGCCAUCCGGCUUCGAGAUCCAACUCUGGCGGUUGGAGAUCAGCGGUUUUCAUCAUAGGUGUUGAGAUUGCAGAGAGGUUCGCCUACUAUGGAAUCAGCGCAAACCUUGUGACCUAUAUGAGUGGGCCGCUCGGACAGUCAACAGCUACCGCCGCGGCCAACGUCAAUGCUUGGGGCGGUGCGGCAUCGUUGUCUCCUCUGUUGGGAGCUUUCGUGGCGGAUUCUUUUCUAGGACGCUACCGUACCAUCGCUAUGGCUUCUCUGCUCUAUAUAUUGGGACUUGGUUUGUUGACUUUGUCGGCUUUUCUGCCUUCUCUGAUUGGUUUUGAUUGCCAAACCAACACCGGGUCUUGUUCUUCUCCUCUUUUUCAAGUGGUAUUGUUCUUCUUUUCUUUAUAUCUUGUUGCAAUUGCGCAAGGUGGACACAAGCCGUGCACUCAGGCUUUUGGAGCUGAUCAGUUUGAUGGUCAAGAUCCAGAGGAAAGCAAAUCCAAAAGCUCAUUCUUCAAUUGGUGGUAUUUUGGUGUAUCUGCAGGUGCUACAGUAACAAUAUUCAUCUUAAGCUACAUACAAGAUAAUUUAAGCUGGGCUCUUGGAUUUGGGAUUCCUUGCAUCGCGAUGAUCAUUGCCUUAAUUGUUUUCUUGCUUGGAACUACAACUUACCGGUAUAGCAUUGGACAGAAUGAAAGAGGCCCCUUUAUGAGGAUCGGUAGUGUGUUUGUUGCAGCAUUUAGGAACAGGCAUAAAACUCCUUCGGAUGUGGUUGCUGGUUUGGAAUGUCAUGGCUUCCUGUCUGACCAAAGCUACGAUCAAUUCAAAUUCCUUAAUAAAGCUUUGCUGGCACCAAAUCUUUUGAAGGAAGAUGAUUGUGUUUGUAGCAUAGCUGACGUUGAAGAAACAAAAGCUGUACUUAGGCUUGUUCCAAUAUGGAUGGCAAGCUUGGUAUAUGGUAUUGUAUUUGCACAGAUCGCAACUUUAUACACAAAGCAAGGAGCCACGAUGGACAGAACGGUUGUCUCAAAUUUUAAAAUUCCACCUGCUGCACUUCAAUGCUUCGUGGGCAUUGCCAUUAUUAUCUUCAUUCCAGUGUAUGAUCGCAUUUUUGUUCCAAUUGUAAGGUCUCUUACCUUAAAUCCAUCUGGCAUCACAAUGCUGCAGAGAAUCGGAACUGGAAUUUUCCUAUCUGCCUUAUCAAUAAUAAUCGCAGCUUUUGUUGAAAUGAAACGGCUUAAUAUUGCUCAAGAGUAUGACCUGGUCGAUAAGCCAAGUGUCACAGUUCCAAUGAGCGUGUGGUGGUUGGUACCUCAGAAUUUCAUCUUUGGAUUAGCUGAUGUUUUCACUUUGGUUGGUCUGCAAGAGUUCUUUUAUGACCAGGUCCCUCUAGAGUUAAGAAGUAUAGGACUGGCGCUUUACCUUAGUGUACUUGGUAUUGGGAGCUUCUUAAGCAGCAUUCUUAUCUAUGUUAUUGACAAAGCAACCGGUGGAGAUGGUCGAGAUAGCUGGUUUUCGAAUAACCUGAACCGGGCUCAUCUUGAUUACUUUUAUUGGUUAAUUGCUGGACUAUGCCUAUUAGGAUUGGGCGCUUUCUUGCAUUUUGCAAAAUCCUACAUUUAUAAUAGAAGUGCUGUCUAAAUUUAUUAGGGUUGGGUGUGGUCUUCUACAAGUUGAGGACUGGUCAGUUAGGAGCCUCACUUAUAGGUUUUAAGAAUUAGUUGUGAGAGCUGCCUUAAUAAUUGCCAUCCUGGCCUAUGUAUUUGAUAAGCACAAGAAAAUUGUUAGAUUAGUGACCAAUACUUGAAAAGUCAUAUGUUUUAACCAUUGUUGCGUGAUGGUGGAGAAAGGACAAGAAAGAAGCGCUAAUAAGUUCACCAACACCCUGUGCCAUCAUUCAUAUCAGCAGAAACACUUGAACAGGAGCAGAUAUGAACUUGAGGCUGAAGAAGUUAACCUAAGCAUAAUGUCAAAUUUUAUUGUCAUCAUGCGUUUUAUCUCGCUUUCUUUGAAGGUUUAUGACCUUGCACGCACGUCUUCACUUAGACAAAUUGAGAAAAGAUUGAUAAAUGCUGUAUUAAGCUUCUCUGUUUGUGGUUUGUAGAGUUUGGCCAUUAUUAUGUACAAGAGGUCUAUGUACAAUGUGUACUAUUGACUUUAAUAUCUUUAGUUUAACAAUUUUUAACA